GCCCGCGCUGCGGGCAGCGCUGCUGGCCGCGCUCGGUUCACAAUCGCAGCGGCCCGCCCCCGCUCUCCGGACCUAGGCAGGCGGUGGCCGCUCGGCCGCUCCCGGGGCCACAUGGCUGAGGGGGACACAGGGAGCGACCAGAGGCAGAAUGAGGAAAUUGAAGCAAUGGCAGCUAUAUAUGGCGAGGAAUGGUGUGUCAUUGAUGACUGUGCCAAAAUAUUUUGUAUUAGAAUUAGCGACGAUAUAGAUGACCCCAAAUGGACCCUUUGCUUGCAGGUGAUGCUACCGAAUGAAUACCCAGGUACAGCGCCACCUAUUUAUCAACUGAAUGCUCCUUGGCUUCAAGGGCAAGAACGUGCAGAUUUAUCGAAUAGCCUUGAGGAAAUAUAUAUACAGAAUAUUGGUGAAAGUAUUCUUUACCUGUGGGUGGAGAAAAUAAGAGAUGUCCUAAUACAAAAAUCUCAGAUGACAGAACCAGACGUAAAGAAGAAAACUGAAGAGGAAGAUAUUGAAUGUGAAGAUGAUCUCAUUUUAGCAUGUCAACCAGAAAAUCCAGUUAAAGCAUUGGAUUUUGAUGUCAGUGAAAAUCGAACAGAAAUAGAAGAAUUACCUCCGAUUGAUCAUGGCAUUCCUAUCACAGACCGAAGAAGUACUUUUCAGGCACACUUGGCUCCAGUAGUUUGUCCCAAACAGGUGAAAAUGGUUCUUGCCAAAUUGUAUGAGAAUAAGAAAAUUGCUAGUGCCACCCACAACAUCUAUGCAUACCGGGUCCUUUUAAGGUUACUUCCUGGUUCUGGGGCUGUGUUCCUGCUUUGGAGUUAUGGGGCACUCUUCAGGCUACUCGUACACACAGCUAUCGGAUGCUGCAUCAUUAUCUUCCUGGCAUGUGAGGAAAGGGACUGUGAGGAUGACGGGGAAACAGCAGCUGGGGGGCGUCUUCUCCACCUCAUGGAGGAACUCUGUGGGGGUCAGGCCUGUAGACUGGUGGGCUUCACGUUAAGGGCAGCAUUUGACAAAUGUCAAACUGAGGAAGACCUUACUGAUUUUGAAUGUGAGAAAUGUCAUGGUGGUGGUAUCACGCUGGUAUGGAGGGAUUUUGCUAGGACCAGAUCGCUUCAAACAUAUCAACAACUGUGCCAGAAACAUUCUAGUGGAGAAGAACUACACAAGUUCAUCAGAGGAAUCAUCUAAGACUUUGGGAAAGAACAAAAAAGUAAGAAAAGACAAGAAGAGGAGUGAACAUUAAUACCUGAAACUGUAUGAAAGGUUAAUUUGCCUAUAAUCAUAUACAAAUCCCACAGUCAUCAAGGAAUAUGUUGUGCAGAGAGAGAAUCCUGGACUGUUCAAGUCAGCCAACUCAUUGGGGACACCAAUAUUAUCUUUUCUUCUUUGGCUGUAUCAUCUGCCAAAAAUAGAGAACUUGUGAUAUUUUCUUGAGUGUUUCAGGCUGAUUCAGAAGGAUUAAUUUGAACUUAAUCACCACUUCAUAUAAUUUUAGGAAGGUAACAGUUGCCCAGGGCAGUACCUGAAUUAACUGUGCAUUUCAUUACAUGUCAAGUGCCUUUGUUAGGUGGGGAAGAAGUGUCUCUAGAGGAAUAUAAAUACCUGAUUUCUUGUCAUCGGGAUUCUCGUUUUGUUAAAUGAAUAUCACCUUUUACUGCUUUUUACUGCUCCGUAUGGCUUAUUGAAAUAGGGGCUCAUUGAAGAUUGAUCUUAGAGAGUUUCUUCUUGUGAUUUUAGUUCAUAAGUAUGUCACCUUUCAUUUUAUAGUGCUCAUGGAGUGAUGGAUUAAGUGAAAAUCCAGGAGUAUCCAUCUGCAGUUAUGUGCUGAAGUGAUAAUUCAUCUAACAGAUUCAUUAGCAUAAGCGUUAUGCCUCAGUUUCUGUCGCAAAUUGGUGAUUGUGAAAUUUCAAAAAGUGAUUUUCUAGUCUCUGCUUUUUUUGUUUAAUUCUUGUACUGUUAAGCAAUAAAUAUGGUGUGCCUGUA